CACAACCUUUCCUCAGCCACAUUCUUCAAACUCAUCAAUCUGCAUUAGCAAAGUUAAGACAAGAGCUUCAAAUGGAAAAUCAAAUGGCGACAAACCAUGUUCGUACCACGAGUUUGCCUACUGCAACUCAUCCUCUCAUUGUCAAUGCAGAGGAGCAGUUGCAAAGGUUGAAGUCAUCUGAAUUAACUUCCACAUCUUCUCACUCAACAAUAUGCCAAAAUUUGGAUGGUCUUAGAAAAUUAUACGAAUGUGUUGAUGAUGUCCUCCUUUUGCCAAUCAACCAACAAGUUCUCUCCCUUGAAAAACAUGCAAAAUUACUUGAACAAGUCUCUGAUGUGUCCCUCAAUGUUGUCGAUACCUGCAGCAUCGUUAAAGAUGCUUUCUCACAGAUAAAGGGACGCGUUCAACUACUCGAAUCAUCUCUUCGUAGAAAAAGAGGUGGAGAAUCCAACUUAUCCAAUGAAGUUGAUGCAUAUUUGGCAUCCAAUAAGAAACUAAACAAAGUAAUCAGUAAAUAUUUCCGAGAUCUUUUGAACCACACAGAGAAGAAUUACACAAUAGUGAUAGACGACUCUGACUUAGCAUCAUCGAUUAGCUUAAUCAAAGGAGUUGAAGAAGUUAGUCUUACAAUAUUGGAAUCAACUCUAUCUUUCAUUUCAAAUCCAAAAAUAAGAUCAAAGGCAAGCGGUUUGUCUUUGUUCUCUAAGCUGUUGAAGACAAAGAGAGUGUCAUGUGAAGGAGCUGAUAUCUCAGAAGUUGAGAAGAUAGACAUGGAAUUGCUUCUUAUUCAAAGUAAACAGAAAGAUUAUUCACAAAUACAAAGUGUACUUAAAAAACUCGAGAUAUUUGAAUCGAGCAUUCAAGAAUUAGAGGAAGGAUUAGAAGCCAUGUUUAGGCACCUUGUAAAAACCAGAGUUUCCCUCCUCAACCUUCUUAAUCACUAAUCAUGUAUCUCAAUGUUUGUUAAUACACUGUAAUUAUAGAGAAUUCAAGGAAAUGUCAC